AUGAAUAAUUCAAUUACGGAGGUAAACAUGAGCGUCCCCAGCCGUGCGACUAACUCAAACAAUACGAUUUUAUCUGAGGAACGGACGUGUCACAGAAGUCAAAUGGCAUCAUCUGACGCUGUUGGACGUACAAUGGCACUAUUACCCAUAAAUCAUAAUCAUGCUCUACAUCAUGGAAUAAAAUUAAUGCCUCACAUAAACAUGCCUCACAGAGAAGUAGGAGCGACAACACCCUUGGUAACUAACUCUGGCACAGCCAGUACGUGCUCGAUGUCCCUGCCAGGUUCAAUGUCAUCGGCAUCGGACACUGUUUGUAAUAUUCUUCCACACAACACUUCAGAUAGCAGCUCAAUCGACCUCGCUAGUCUUUUCGAAUGUCCUGUUUGCAUGGAUUACGCUCUACCACCUAUUAUGCAAUGUCAGAGUGGACACAUUGUUUGCGCAUCGUGCCGGUCAAAACUCUCAUCAUGCCCAACUUGCAGAGGCAACCUAGAUAAUAUCCGGAACCUCGCAAUGGAAAAACUUGCUUCCAGUGUAUUAUUUCCUUGCAAGUACUCCACUAGUGGUUGCCCAGAAACUUUUCAUUAUACAUCCAAAUCAGAACAUGAAGCAGCUUGCGAGUACAGGCCCUAUGAUUGUCCAUGCCCUGGUGCUUCAUGUAAGUGGCUUGGUGAAUUGGAACAAGUUAUGCCCCAUCUCGUGCAUCAUCAUAAAAGCAUUACAACUUUACAAGGCGAAGAUAUUGUAUUUUUGGCUACUGACAUAAGUCUUCCAGGUGCUGUAGACUGGGUUAUGAUGCAAUCUUGUUUUGGACAUAGUUUUAUGCUGGUUCUAGAAAAGCAGGAACGUGUACCAGAUCAAAUAUUUUUCGCUCUUGUCCAACUCAUCGGAACUCGAAAACAGGCAGAUCAGUUUGUGUACAGACUUGAAUUAAACGGGCAUCGUCGACGGUUAACUUGGGAAGCUUGUCCACGUAGUAUUCAUGAUGGUGUUCAAUCUGCAAUCGCUGUAUCUGACUGUUUAGUGUUUGAUUCUAAUACAGCUCAUUCAUUUGCUGAAAAUGGUAAUCUAGGAAUUAAUGUGACUAUUUCUCAAGUUUCUCCGUCUAUUUCAUAA